CAAACCUACCGCAAGGUACACCAGGAUCGAAAAGGCAAGGCACGACACGACACGACACGAUGGAUCAAUCCGCUGGGACGGUCGACUUUGACGAUGACUGGGAAGAAUGGGACGGAACCUCGCCCUUUUGGGUCCACUGCGUUGCCGGAUCCAUGGCGGGGGUCGCCGAGCACAUCCUGGUCUAUCCAUUGGACACCGUGCGGACCCACAUACAGGUCUGCGCCGCCUGCCACUUCAACCCGGCUACCCACAACGCGUCGACGCAGGCGGCAACCGUAGCGGCCCACAAGCACGCCCCGGGCAACGCGGGAACCCCUUCGGCACGACACCUCCCCCCCGGAUCGGUCCUGCAGCAGGCGGCGGCCUCCGCGACGAGUUCCUCCAAAUCCUCCAUUGCCCAGGCCGUCUGCAAGACAAAGGCGGCAAACCUGACCGCUUCUCCGAGAACGGGCGGGAUGCACCACCUGGGGGGUUCCGGGUCACCGGGAACGUACAACCUGUCCAUCCUGCAGGCGAUACGACAGCUCGUCUCGCAGCGGGCCGCUGUCUCGCAGACCGGUUCGGCGGCCGCGGCACUGGAAGCGACGGCAACGACGACGGCUUCUCCUCCCGGGGUUCCUGCCUUUGCCCCCAGGGACGUCACCCGGCUGUGGCGGGGCGUCCAGACCAUCCUGGUGGGGUGCAUCCCGGCGCACGCCCUGUAUUUCAGCACAUACGAGAUCGUUAAGGCCUCCACCCUGGACAAGGAUGGCAACGUGACGGCCUACGGGAGCGCCCUGGCCGGGGGAGCCGCCGUCUUUGGCCACGACCUGGUCCUUGGGCCACUGGACACGGUCAAGCAGCGGCUACAGCUGGGGCACUACAACGGUCUUACGGACGCGCUGACGCAGAUGAUCCGCACCGAGGGGGCCGUGUCGCUCCUUCGGAGCUUCCCCGUGACGCUGGCCACGAACAUUCCAUACGGGAUGAUCAUGGUCGGGACGAACGAAUUCCUCAAGGAUCAAUGGACCCGGAUAAAAGUUGCGAACGACGGCGGUGACAGUGACGGCAACAGCGACGAAAACUACCACAUCGAUCACAGCGAGCUGACCAUGGGGGUAACGCUCGGGGCCUCCUCCCUGGCUGGAUUGGUAGCCGCGGCCACCACGACGCCACUGGAUCGCAUCAAAACGUACCUGCAAACCCAACAGCUGGCGCCAAAGUGCCUCCUCCAAAACAACCACCAUUCCGCGUCGUCCCCCGAGCACUGCCCCCUCAACAACGGCAGCGGGGGCUCCGGCCCUUCCGCGGGCAGCACGAACCCAAAAGCGCCUCGCUUCAAGCCAAUCGUGGCGGACUGGAGGCAGGCCGCCCUGCGGAUCUACCAGCAGGAAGGAUACGCCGGGUUUUUCCGGGGCGUCACGCCGCGAAUACUCAGCCACACACCGGCGGUGGCCAUUUCGUGGACGACGUACGAGACCUUCAAGCGGUACCUCAAGCAGCAUUUUGUCGAAGAAUAAGAGACUACAUAAUACAACCAACAAAUUAUG